CACUCUGCCUCAGCGCUGCUGCUGCUCUGCCUCCAGCUCCCGGGGCUGCUUUUCUGGCCCCUCUGGCUCUGGUUGCUGCAGCUCUGCUCCCAGCACUGACCUGCUCCCUGGGCUACUUCCCUGGCUCUUGCUGCAGCUCUCCCUGGUUCAGUCUGCUUAUCUGGUUUUCUCUGGCUCUGGCUGGCGCGUGCUCCCCAGCUCAGCUCAGCCUCCUGCUCUCUCCUUAGCUUGGCCCUGGCCGGACAGUUCCAGCUCACACACGGAGGCCUCCUGACUCUCAUUAGCCUGCCUGCUCUGUCAGUCAGGCUGACCUGGAGCGUUGGCCUCUCUCCAUUGCCCCUGGAGACUGCCAGUCUCAGGGUCCUGAUUCCCCAUCGACCCUGCCCCUUUCUUUUGGUACCGAGAGCUAGCCAACCAACUCUCUCCUGCCCCCUAAAUUUUAGUAACGGACCAACAGUCCCCUUGCACAGGGGUUUGGAGUGAGGACUUCUACUGAUUAGUUAUAUUACAACAGCACCCAGAAGUCACCUGGAUCAGGAAACAGGUAGUUUGUCCUGCAAAACGUUUCAAGAUUUUUUGGGGGGAAAAAUAAUGGGAUGAAACUACAUUUCGACAUUUUCAUCCCCCUCAUUUUUUCCCCAAAAUGAAAUUUUGUUAAAAUUGAAAUGGUCGUUGGGGGGGGGGGGGGAAUUGAUUUAAUCAAAAUGAUUUUUCUGAGAGAAAAUUUUCGAUUAAAACUUUCUGAUUAGCUCUGCCCAGAACCCCAGCAGAGAUCAGAGCUCAUGGUGCCAGGCACUGUACAGACACUAGUGACAGAGUGUCCAUGUCCUGAAGAGCCUGCACAAGCACAGGGAGGGGAAGUGACUUGCUCACAUUAAUCACAGGCAGGUCAGUGGCAGAGCCUGGAACAGACUCCAGCUCUCCUGACUCCCAUUGCCAUGUCCUAUUCAUUAGCCACACUGCUGUACUUGGGCUGGGGUUAAUAAUAAACUAGAUAGGAAGGAACCUUUUCUGUGUCUUAGAUAUUGUCCAUCCAGACUUAAAAUUAAACAAAAAUAAAAUGUUUCCAAUUCUCUCUUUUUUGUGUGCUAAUUUCAAAGGAGAUGCUUUUUAUUUUUAAAAACAAUAACAUCCCCUUCAUGGAGCAGGGGUGGGGCCUUGGAACCAGACAGUGAUACUCCCUUUGGGUACAUCUUUUGGUGUCUGUUUGUACAGCUCCUAGCACACUGGGGGCUCUUAGGCACUCUGAUAAGACAAAUAACAACCCUGAAAAAGAGAGAGGGGUCACAUUUUCAAAAAGCAUCUCAGCGACUCAUUUGGGCAGCCAAAGGUGUAUCUUCAUGGGAAAGUUUUUCUGGUCAUACCAGUAUAGUUAUAUACUGCUUCAAUGCUCCAUGUGGACACUCUUAUUCUGGAAUAAGGGUGGCUUUUUGCACCCUAGUUUCAACCGCUUCCAAAGCAACAUAACCUGGAAAAAGAGAGUGUCCACACAGGGAGUUUUAUAGGUAUAACUCUAGUGAUUUAAAUGUACACCUUAUGGUGUACAAGUAUAACUUUCCCAUGCAGAUAAGGCCCAGCUCCUCAAAGGUAUUCAGGCUCCUAACUUCCCUUGAUUUCAAGUGCUUACGUUACUUGAAAAGGGGACUUGGGCUGCUAAGUUCUAUAGGCACUUUUAAAAUUUUUUACCCAAACGGACUGGUUUAUUUUCAUUGCCCAAGCUGGGAAAAUUGCAGAGAGAACAACCAAACAGCUUUGGAGGUGGAAAGGCCAUUAGAUUUUUUAAAAAAAUUCCAUGAUAAUUGCCUAAGUUGCUCUUAUUAACACAGGCAGCGAAUUUAAACCUGGCAGCGUCCCUUUAAAAUCUCCUUGGUGUCCCGAAAACUUUGCUGGUGCUAAACACAGGUGGUCAGCCGCUUAUUAUAGCCACCUUUAAGAUUUUCAAGAGGCUAGAGCUCAGCACUUUCUGAAAAUCAGGCCUCUUAAAACAGUGCUUCUGAUUGUGGUGCGCAGACUUUAAGACACCUAAAAAUCACUAGUCAGUACCGAAAACGUAGACCCUAAAUAAAUAAAUGUCAUUUUCGGAUCCCAUGCCUGCUCCUGAGUCUCCCUGUUAAUUGUUGGGGCUUUGUGACCAUGUUUUCCUAUUCUAAAUUUUAUAUAUUUUCCCCUUGAAAACAGAGGAAACUGAUUACAGGGAAAAUGACAACACACGCCACCAUCUUCUGACUUGCAACUCUCAACCUGUACAUAUGUACAGGGAAGCGAAGAGACAGGCCAGUGGCUAAAUGAAGAUCAGAACCCAGAUCUCCAGGCAAGUAACCCUAUCAAUUAGGCCAUGCUGCCUCCCACUUGAUGAGGGCCUGAUGGAUUUCUGCGGCACAUUGGCAAAUGCACAGGCAGGAGCAGUCCCUUAACAAACAUCAGCAUUACAACCACUGCCUUCUAAAAGGCAUUUCCUCUUCCAAGCAAGGAGUGUCCCAUCUGAUGCACAGCCCUGCUGGCUUUAACUGCCCAUGGCAAUGCAAUAGUCCAUGAAAAAUGUAAACACACACAAAUCCUUUCAGGCUGGCCCCUUGAAAUGUAUGGAAAUAAGUCAGCAGAAAUGUGCGAAAACAAGCACCAGACCCAGGAACUGGCAGAGCCUGGGCAAGAAACUUACUGUGGGUGCUCACCAGCAGCUGCUUACGAAGGCACCAUAGAAGCAUGAGGAGCACAGGGGUGUUAGCUAUGUGCGUUAGUGUCUUGCUGACCAUGGCCGGCUCAGAGACACAGUAUUCCGAUUUCUAUCUGGCUGGCGAUUACCUCCUUGGGGGGCUUUUCUCGCUGCAUGCUGAAACUAUGAGCAGCCCCCAUCUCAGCCAUUCGGCGGUACCCACGUGUCAAGCGUAAGUAGGAAACAGGCAUGGCUGGGGAGGGUGAUGAAAUAGUUUGGGGCCACACUGCAGCCAGCAUUGGCUUGUUCCUGGUGAAGGGGAAGGAAACAAGGACUUUUGUGGCUGAGGCACCUGGCUGGGACUCAUAUACCUGGGUUCUGUUCCUCACUCUGCCACAGACUUCCUGCAUGUGACCUGGGACAAACCAUUUAAGCCAAAACUUUCACGCCUAGGUGCUGGACUAUAGGCACCUAAACUAGCUGCCCCCUUGUCAGAAGUGGUGAGCUCCCACAGACUUUAAUGAGAGCUAGGGGUACUCAGCCCAUCAGAUAAGGAGGCCACUAGAUGCUCAAAAUUAACCACCCACGUUGGAAAGUGCUGGCCUUCAAUCUCUAUUCAACUAUCUUGUGUCACAGCAGAUGCUUCAAAUGACACAAAACUGAUCAGCUGUUUAAUAGCUGAAAUGGAUCUCUCGUGAUGCUUGGCUCGUCUAUUUAUCUGACCAUGAGGAUCGCUGCCGAGCUGUGCAAGCCCUUUUCCAUCCCACUCCUUAAACAAAUGGUUCUUGCUCAUCCAAGCAGACCCAUUCAGGCUAAUGGGACUGCAGAGGAGGAGGACUGCUCAUCAGGGGCCAGUGGAUAGGCUAUUGGAUUGGGAGCCAGGAAACCAAGCCUGGCUGUGUCCCUGAUCUGCUGUGUGACCUUGGGUAAGUCACUUUGUCUCUCUCUGCCUCUGCUUCGAAUCCCAGUCAUGGUCUGCCUUGUCUAUUUAAAUUGUGAGUUCUUCAGGGCAGGGUCUCUUGCUUACUAUGUAUACACCCAGUACCCAGCACAAUGAACAGAGGCAGAAGGCUGGUUCAUGGGAAGUCAGGAGACCAAUGUUCAAUUUUGUGCUCUGCCACAGAUUCCCUGUGUGAUCCUAGGCAAGUCACUUAGGCCUAGAUCCUCAAAAGGUUUUUAGGCAUAGCAGUGAAGCUGCAGCAGCAUGGGUUUCAGCGGUGGCUGUAGAAGUUUGCCCAGGACCCUAGGCACUUAUUCAGCUGGCUAGCUCAGCGCGGAGAUCACUCUAGUGUAACCCACACACCUCCCGGGCGUGGCGCUCGGUCCCUUCCAGUGGCACGGAGACCACUUAGAGAUUAAUGAGCCUCUACUGCAUGAGCGAAAAGACACGUGGCUCUUAGCUAAGGCUCAUUAAUCUCUAAGUGGUCUCGGUACCACUAGAGGGGACGGAACACCACACCCAGAUGUGUGGGUUACUCUAACUACAUCAAAUCUAGCUCAGGUAUGCCCUACUGAUGCUGCAAUCAUACCUCCGAUGGCAAGCGCAGACAUACCCUUAGCAUGCAGCCUACUCAGGGGUGCCCCUGGCCCGCUGCUGAUGGCCAGCAUUCCUGAAUCAGACACUCCUGAAGGUGUUCAGCUAGACUUUUGCCCCCAGGACACGCCACACAGCUGAACUCCUAAGGGACACGUCCUAAGGUCUUUGCUCAGGCCUGUGCAAUUUCUCGUCUCACCUCCCAGCUUUUACCCUGGCACAUCAGGCCAAAAGGGGAGCCCGCCCCACCAUCAAACUGACUUCAAAAGGUGUUUAGCCUGACGAAGGGCAGGACACCAGGCCAGACCGUGCUGUUAAGUCACAGGUCCAUGCUGGAGGCAGUGGGGAGCCGCUCGGCCUCAGGAGGGGCAUUCACCAUGCUUCCCCAGAGCUCUGCAAGAUGCAGCAGGAGCACACAAGCUGUUCCACUUCUUGGAUGGGGGCAGCAUGUACCCUCCUUUGCAGCCAGCCAGCUUAAGUGGUACAUAGGCCCUGUUCAGGGCUGAAUUUCACUCACAUUGCAUAGUGCUUUCAUCCAGAGAUCUCAAAGCCCUUCCCAAGCACGAAUUAAAUUUCAUGAUCCUCCAAAGACACCCAUUUUAGCAAUGGGAUGAGAGGCAGGGGGUGGGAUGAAGCCCAGACAGGUUAAGUGCUCAAAGUCACACAUUUGCAAAGUCAGCAGCAGGGCUCACUCUAGAAACCAGAAGUCCUCGCUUCCAGGAGAUAAUCUUGGCCCAGCUGGUGGAGGAAAACACUAUUAUAAUCCUGCCUUUAAUAGCAAGCAUAAGAAACUAGCAGAAUGUGUGUCACAUCUCCCCACUGGUGGCUGGACCACUAGAGGAUAACAGCCUACUACACUAACUAAGGAAGUUACUCUUGUAAUUCAACUGGUAGAGGCCUGUGCUGAGGGGAUGGGGUUCAAACCCUGAUCAUAACAAACCCUAACUCUUAUAUAGAACUUUUCAUCAGUAGAUCCCACAGAGCUUUACAAAGGGAUGUAAUUAUCAUUAUCCCCAUGUUACAAAUUGGAAACUGAGGCACUGAGAGGGGAACUGACUUGGCCAAGGUCACCCAGCAGGCCGGUGGCAGAGCGUGGAAAAGAAUCCCGGUCCCCUGAGUCUCACUCCUGUGCUCUGUCCAACAGACCACGCUGCUUCCCAUAAUGAUGGCCCAUUAUGCACCUGGCUCCAAUUGACUCCUAUAGGAGCGCUAUAUUCAGCGUAGAAUUUGGGGCCCAAUCCUGAAGCUAGUGGGAGUUAUUAGUGCACAGCACCUUACAGAGUUGGGCCCAGGGUCCUAAGACUGCAGUGCUAUGCAGCACUAAGGGAGGAGAGUCCUCUUUGAGACUCACUGCAUAAGCCCAAAGCAAGACGUGUUCUCUCACUGGAUGGGUUCCUGCACCCAUCACUCAUCAUUUUACACUCCUCCUAGGUACACGCUGAAGACAGCAGGCUACAGCUACGUGAGCCAGAAGAGCCCAGUUUCACUUUCUGAUCCAAGUGAAUUGCCAUGCUGGUUCUUAGAAGAAAAUUUCUGCUGACUGAGAGCAUUUGACCUGGAAUCACCAAGUAAAAAACCCACGGCUGCUCUUUAGGCAGCAUCUCUUUUCAGAGCAGAACCAGACUUUCAGGAAGUGACACCAAUCUAUAACUUCAGUGCCUAGCAGUACAUGUGCAUUGAUCAUCUCAUCCUUCUCCAUUUGCAGCUAGUGCCAGAGGUGAAGCGCGUGGACUUCUCUCUGCUUGAGAAGAGGAUCAAUUUCAGAGAGAAAGGCGACACUCCGAACAGCUUCGAGAUCAUCCAGUGGAAGUGGGACCAAUCAAGCAACCCUUUUCAGAAAAUCGCCUCCUAUAGCACGAAGAACCAGAAGCUGCUGUUCAUCACCCAGAACAUCUCCUGGCACACCCCAAACAACACGGCAAGUUCCCUCCACCCAUUAUCACACAUGUGGGAACGUCAUGGAACUACAUGAGCAAAACCCAAGGCAGUAGGGCUUAGUCAAUAGAGUACAGAGCUAGACCUGGCUUCUGUUCGCCAUUGGCAUGCUGGGUGAUCUCAGCCAAGUCACUGCCUCUCUUUGUGCCUCAGUUUCCCCAUCUGUAAAACAGAGAGAAUGAUACUGACCUCCUUUGUCAAGUGCUUUGAACUCUUCGAAUGUAAAAUGCUAUAUAGGAGCUAGGGAUCACUGUGCCAUAGUUACACACACAAAUGGGACUCGAGCAUAUAAAUCCUAUCACUUGGGCAACAAAAAGACAGGCGACAAGAAAAGCGGUCAGAAUGGGCUGCGUGUGCCAGACUUGUACAUAAACAAACAAGGCUUGAAAGUCUCACCCUUUGCUUUAAAAUUUUAAAUUGCCUCCUGCCAGAAGAAUGUUCCUUCAGCUGUUUGUCUGGUACAACAGCGACAUCCGGUGGCUGGUUAGGUAAUUCCCGGAUGAGCGUUGCCUUUGUGGCUAUGCCCAUCCCUCUUCUCUAUUUAAAGGUGAUGCAGUAGCUAGAUUGAUCCCAGGAAUGUUUUGCUUAUGGCCAUCCCAAGAAAUCCAUCCCUGGCUCUUUGCCAUUGGAACAUGGUAAACUUGCUGGUAAAGUUAUUGCAGGUCCCCAUUUCAGUCUGUUCCCAGCAGUGCGAGCCUGGGCAGCGGAGAAAGCCCGCAGGUGUUAGCAGCUGCUGUUUUGAGUGUAUCUACUGUGAAGCAGGGACUUUCCUCAACCACAACGACCUGUACAACUGCCAGCCUUGUCCAGCUGACCAGUGGUCCAGUGCCAGAAGUCAAGAGUGCUACCCAAGGCUUGUGAAAUAUCUGCAAUGGCAAGAAGGCACUACAGUGGUGUUGCUGCUAUUCUCGGUGCUGGGCCUCAUAGCCACUGUAGUCAUAUCUGUCACCUUUGCCAUUCAUUCGCACACCCCCGUGGUGAAGUCCGCAGGAGGCAGGAUGUGCUUCCUCAUGCUGGCAUCUCUGAUCAUCGGUUUCGUCAACGUCCCCAUGUAUGUAGGGAUCCCGACAGAGUUCACGUGCGUGUGCCGGCAAACAGCGUUCAGCCUCUGCUUCACCGUGUGCAUCUCCUGCCUCACCGUCGGGUCCUUCCAGAUCGUCAGCAUUUUCAAGACGGCUGCCUGGCUGCCCAAAGCCUACAGCUACUGGAUGAAGUACAAUGGCCAGUACAUUUUUAUAACCGUAAUUAUAGCUCUGAAAGUCACCAUCACUGUGACCAACUUUAUCAUCCACCCUCCUGCUCCAGUUCUGUUAGCUCAGGAGGACGACCCCUCUACAGUAGCGCUGCAAUGCAACAAGAGCUACAAGUUGGCCUUGCUGAUGAACAGCAGCCUAGAUAUGUUUCUCUCUAUUCUGUGCUUCUGUUUUUCCUACAUGGGCAAGGAGCUUCCCAAGAAUUACAACGAAGCCAAGUACAUCACGCUGUGUAUGACCUGCUAUUCCGUUUCCAGGAUUGCCAUUUUCCUGGUCAUGUCUAGGUACAGAGGGGUGCUGGUGACCUUGCAAAUUUCCCUCCUACCCCCUCAAACAAGGCAACAUGUACAACAACUAGGGUGGGCUGGAAAACAAGAGUCCUAUUUCACGAAACAACUCAAGGUUUUGACAUUUGUUCUUGUUCUGCAUCAGAACAAGAACUAGAUCGGUCAAAGUCUUCUGCAAAAAGAGAGUAAGCGACUCACUCCAGACAAGUCAACAGCCCAGUGUUGAGGGCACUCACUUGGAAUCUGGGUUCAAGGUGCGAGUCCCUGCUCUGAAUCAGAGCCUCAUUCCCAUAUCCCAGCUGAAUGCCCUCAUCACCAGGCUAUGAUGUCAAGUCUCCCAGUCUCGCCUGUUGUAGCUGUUCCAUUUUGUAUAAAUAAUUAAAUAUUCAUUGGGCCAGAUAUAAAGAGACUGACACUAUAGCCUGGUCAUCAUGCCUCCCUUCGCUCCUGCCCCGCUCCCUGGAAUGUAGGGCCUAAAUUCCAUCCUGGACCAGAGAAACCUUCCCAAUGAAACUUUCAUCCAAAGCAAUACAUUUCCACAAAGAGUUUUGCUUUGGAUGAAGUGGCCCUUCCCACAAUAAAGUUGUCAUGAAGUUCACCCUAGGACAAGACGUUAAGGCCCAGCAUUUCCAGAAGUGGCUAGAAAUUCUGGAUGCCCCAAUUAGAGGCCUGUGGGUGCUCAGCAUCCCUAAAAUAAACCGGGCCCCCAAAGGGUGCUGAACUGAGCACUGAAACUCAGUAGCCAUGACUGAAAAUUUUGCCUUAAACAACCAAAGCUGGAUAGCCGUGUCCAUAUUUUGAGUUAGUUUCUUCUAGUUGAUAAGGCCCAAGUGCAUUGCUAUGUGACCCUAUGCAAUUAGACAGGAUACUAUUAGCUUGGAGCUGCCAUAAAAAGCUUUUGAAAGCAGCCUGGCAAAGCAUAGGACUAGCAGCUAAUUCAAACCAACAAACAUGGCUGGAGCUUAACGGACAUCCUUAUUCCAGGUGCACAAAUCUGAUGCUGUUACAUUUUUCUGUUUGUUCCUCUACUAUAAUAAAGGUUUUAAAAACUGACUUAAUUUGUUCUGAUAAUGUUGCGAUUUCGCUGAGGGACUAACGUCCCAGAUUUAGGGUUAUGAUGGCAUUUAAAACUCCUAUCUGAGAUUGGAGUGCCAUUGUGUUAGGUGCUGUACAGUCAUAGUAAGUGACAGUCCCCUCUCCAACAAUCUAAAUAGGCAAGACAAGUAGUUGGUGAAACUGAGGCACUGAGAGGGGAAGUGACUUGCCUAAAGUCACUCAGUAGGCCAGUGGCCCAGAUCUCCUAAUUCGCAGACUGAUGUUCUACCCACUAAACCACACUGCCUCUCCUCGUACAACUCUGCAAUCUCGGGCUCCAAGACAGACUAGCGCACAUCACAAACAACCCGGAUUCUGGACCGCAUGAUGCCCCUGUGCUCUCCGAGCUCGCAGACUGACAGGAGUUGGAGCUGCUGGGUCUUAGCACCUCUCAGGACAGCCCCUGGGGAAAGAAUACGCUUUCCAGCCCAGUUCCUAGACCAAAGUGGUUCGGAUCAGCAUCCCAAAAUUAAUCCAAACGGCAUCUCUGAACCUUGUGAAUUCAGGCCAUCAGCUCGUUUAAAUCUCAUUUAGAGAUCUGACUUGCACCCCCCCACCGCCUGCUCGGAAGCCAGGCAACUCGGGGCACUCAGUUACUGCCUUUGACUCAUGCCUUUUAUGACUUAAGGCCAGAGU